AUGGAAGGUGGUUGUUUGUUGGCUAGGAUGGCGUCCGCUGGAGGGGAUCAAACUGGAGUGCUGGAACUUCAGAAACAAGAUCUGGAAAGUUUCACAAACAAUUUUAGUGGCGAUAAUUUUAUCUGCCAGGUUCAGUAUUCCCAUCUUUAUCAUGGUAAGAUUCCUGAGGGUUGGAAAGGACUUAAAGGCGGAGAUGUGACGGUGAAGAUGUAUCUGAUUCAUGAAGAGCCAAGAUAUUUGAUCCGCGAUCUUUCUGCUGCCCACAUACUUCUUGACAAGGAUUGGAACCUUGUCCUGAUAUCCUAUUUCAUGUUGGAUGCUAAACCAAUGGAUAUCACAGAGCCAGAUGCUCACUUGGAUCGAGUUAAUUUUGGAUCAUGGGGUUACAUUGAUUAUGCUUACUGUGGUACAGGUCUUUCAAGGGAAUAUUCAGAUCAUCAGAUGUAUUUGCUUUUGGCAUCAUACUCUGUGAGCUUCUCUUCAAAUGUAAGGUUGAGGAACAUCCUGUCACUGGAUGGGGUUUCAUAUAUCGCGAUGCUCAUGAACUCUAUCCCUUGGACACUAUGCUGGGAGUAUCAUUCGUUGACAAGAGUUUGA